GGGGAGGGUCGCAUGGCCAAUUUCUAUGUGCCUGGAUGUCAAUUUAGCUCUCAGAAUACGCUCUGGUUUGUAGCUGUCAAGCGCACAACCACUCGAGGAGGACGUGCGAAGCGACUCCACAUGAGACGCGUGGAUCAUUUUGGAUAUUUCUUUCACUUUUCUAGAGACGUUCAUUCACACUAAGAAUCAUACCAAAACUUUACAAGGGAAAGUUUGGAGUCGCUGUGGUGCGUUCAUGCCUCUUCUAUUUUGAAUCGACUGUUGGACCACGAGGUUUUUGAAGGAAACAUGUUGAGCCAGUGCGCUGUGGUCCUGCUGCUGUUGGUGGUCCGUGCGCUUUCCUCCGCUCGUGCCCAUGAGUGCACGCCGUGUAACCUGCGUGCUUGUCCGGUCAGAGCCGUGGCUGCGAGGGGCUGUGACGGUGGUCGGACGGGGGCUCGGGACCCAUGCGGAUGCUGUGACCUGUGCACGCGGCUGGAGUGGGAGCCCUGCGGGGGACAGGACUGGAGCGUAGGUUACUGCGGGCUGGGGCUGACCUGUGCCACGCUGAAUGGAACCGGACCUGCUGUCAUUCCCGAGGUUGGAGUUUGUAAAGUGCUUCCCGAUCACCCUGAGGCCGGCCUGGAGGAUCUGCGCUGCCCACUGAUUACAGGCUGUGACCGUGUGGAGGGCCAGUGUGUGUGCGACGCCCGCCACUCCUGCCUGGGCUCCUUCACUUUCCCAGAUCAGGAGAGAUGCAUGAAAGCCAGCCAGUCAGAAGGCAGAAGACACGAGCACAGGGAGCGGCACAGGGACACUAAGUAUGUGGGCCCUUCAAACCCGGCCUGUAUGUUCUCUGGUUGUAACCUGACCGCUGAGGGCUGUGUGUGUGAGUCUCAAAGCUGCCAUCACCACUUCGCCUACAUCAACCGCAGCCAGUGCCAGGAAGCUGCAGAUGCCCUGAGGUGUUCGGAUGUGACUUGUCCCCCACUGGCAGCCUCCAACUGCCCCUCGGACUCUGUGCUCACCCGAAGCUUCACGCCCCCUGCUGGCUGCUGUCCCGCUAUUGCUCCUCAGUGCACCUGUGACUUCAGCACCUGCCACAAGCCCCUGUGUCCCACUGGCCAACGGCCAGAGAGGACGAGCCAGGCCAGCGGACAGCCCGGAGACUGCUGUGAUGUCUAUGAGUGUCAGAAAGUCACCCCAAAGUGCAUGCACAAUGGAAAGGAGUUUGCAGAGGGGGACGUGUACAGGAUGGACCCCUGCUGGCUGUGUCAGUGUCGCGGGGGCAUCUCAUUCUGCUCCAAAGCCGAAUGUGCUGAGCUGGACUGUGAGAACUUCUACAUUCCUGAGGGCGAGUGCUGCCCUGUCUGCAUAGAUGUGGAAUUGCUGUCUACGGAUAGCACUAUGGCGAGCUGCUGGGUGAAUAAUAAGCUGCGAACUCAUGAGGAGAAGUGGAAAGAGGACGACUGCACCUUCUGCCAGUGUGUGGAUGGAGAGCCCCACUGCACUGCUAUGGCCUGCAAACAGAGCUGCCAGAACCCAGUCAAGAUCCCUGGAGAAUGCUGUCCAUUCUGUGAAGAGCCGUCCUAUGAGACCGUUAGCCCUCUGCUGUGUCCGCCCCUGGAGAACUGCACUUUGUCUGGUACCGAGUGUCCCUAUGGCUUCCUGACAGAUGAAAAUGGAUGUCUUCUUUGCCAGUGUCUCAGCAACGACUCCUGCCCUGCCAUAGCAUCGUACUGCUCCCUGCAAUGCCCCAUGGGAUACGAGAGGGAUGACUUUGGCUGUGAGGUGUGUGAAUGCCACAUCCCAGUGCCCAAGUGCCGACCUCUGAGCUGCACCAAGACCUGCCCCUAUGGAUAUGUGAGGAACAAGCAUGGAUGUGAGAUGUGCCGCUGCGUCAAGUGUCCUCCAUUCACCUGUGACAAGCACUGUCCCGAGGGAUACCGGCAGAACAAGAAGGGCUGCUCCAUCUGCAUGUGCAAAGAAAGCGAGCAAGCUGCGGUCACCACGGCAACAGUACCUAUGCCCAGCUUCUGCCUCACCUCAAAUGGACAUCGGUAUGAAGAGGGUGACAGCUGGCAUGAUGGAUGCAGAGACUGUUACUGCCACUCAGGGCGAGAGAUGUGUGUGCUCAUCUCCUGCCCAGUACCCAGCUGCCCCAACCCAGUGGUCAGGCCGGACCAGUGCUGCCCCACCUGUGAGGAUGAGUCAGGCAGUGGUCAGGCCGAGGGCAUGGACAUGGUGGUAUGCAGGGCGCCUGGAGGAGAGUUCUACGUGGAGGGGGAGACCUGGGACCUGGAUGAGUGCACGCGAUGCACCUGUCGGCGCGGUAGAGUCCUUUGUGAUACUGAACAGUGUCCUCCAGCUUUGUGCCAUUCACCCAGGCGAAAUAAGGACACCUGCUGCCACGUGUGCCCAGAGAGUCCCCUGUUGCCAGUGAACAGGAGCCAACAUGACUACUGCAUCACCAGUGAUGGAGAUGUGCUUCUGUCUGGAGACUCAUGGAGGGCCAAUGCCUGCACCAGCUGCACCUGCAACAACGGCACCAUUGAGUGUUUCUCCCAGCGCUGUCCGGCCGCCAGCUGCAGAGUGCCCGUCCUGCGCAAGGGCCAGUGCUGCCCACACUGUCUGGAAAUGACCACGUCAGUUCCAGUGAUGAUGUCGACCAGUACUCCUAAGAAGGCCAUCACAGCUGGAGUGGACAGAGAUGUGUGGAUUAAUACUGUCACUGUGCCUCCACUCAUCAUUCAAACAGAUGAGCCUCAUCUGGGAGAAAACUUCCCUAGCCAAGCAGAGAUGGCCCUCAUCUACCAGUCUGCAGCCUGGAUUCUGGCCGGUCUCCUCCUGGCCAUCAUCAUCUUCAUCAUUGUGGCGUUGCUGAUCAACCGGAAGAAGAAGUGGGUGCAGAUGUCUUGCUACAGUGCACCAAAAAAGACUGUAAUACUGAAGAAACAUGUCAAUAAAAACUCAGUUGUGUACAUGGAGCCAUCGAAGGAGAGUAAAUUCCAAAAUGUGAAGAAUGACUGUGGCCUGCUCCACUUCUCUCCUGACCUGAGCUCCUCUUGUGCGGAUAAGAUGACCAUCCCCAGAGCCAAGCUGAGCAUGGUCAACGACUGGACACGCUAGAGUCCAACCACACCCAGCCUUACCCCUGUUCUCACGGGACAUUAGAUUUAUGCACUGUGAGACAGACACGUCUUGUCCAUAUCGUGUGGCUUUCAACCUAAACUCUGGCAGUUGGGUUGUGUGAAGAGGAAGAUGGACAAUCUAUGGCCACUCAAAAACCUGCCUCACUACAGAUGACAGCAACCAGAAAAACAGAAUAUGACUGUCAUCAUGUGAAAUGUGUGAAACUGAGAAAACAAAAUCAAAGCUUUAGGACUUGUGACAUGUGUAUAACCAUGCUGCUUAAGUGUGCAGCAGUGGACAGAACUGAUUUUAUGGGCAGUAAGGCCAAAGGAACUGAUAAUCCUAUUGGAUUUACCUGCUUUAGAAUGUGUGCUUUCCAUCAUAGUUUUUGUAUAUUUCUACAGUAUUUGUACUUGUGCUGUUCUUGGCCUUCUUUUAUUAUUCUGGGUGCCUCAGAGGGGCCAAGGAGAAAAUGGCAGUCUAAACAUUUCCCCUUACCAACUUUAGGAGUGACAUGUAUUCUAUAUAUAGUAUAACAUUUUCAAUAAGUCAUUCCGUGUACGAAGCCGGACGCCGUACAAUUUGUUCUUAAGGGUCACAGUGCAUCUUGCAUUUAAAAGCUUCAUGAUGUGAUAAUUGUAAAAAAAAAAUCCUACUGAGGAACAUUCACAACUGUGCCAUUAUCAUAGACUGUAUAUGACUAUGAUUACCUAUCACUACUUGUAUUUAAGGUGGAGCUACCAGUCAGUGAAUGUUUGCCAUGUUAUGCCUUCAUUUGAUUGCCUUAAAAUGUUUUAAGUUACUGUCCAACACAUUUUAGAAACCAUACUUUGUUUAAAAUCCUUGCAGUUUUUAUACAAUAUAGUUGUGAAAAUGUACAUGAAAAUAAGGUAGUUUGUUGGUAAAUGUGAUGGUAGACAUUACAGUGUGUUAGUGGAAUAGCACUUUUCUUGUAGGUGUUUUGUUAGAAAGCCCACUGGCGGAUUCUUGUAGGGAUAAAGGUCCUAAUCAGGGAUUUGAGAGCAUAUGAAGCACAUGGACAUGUUAAACCACUCCAGUGAACAGCGGAUCUGACCAGUCUGCUCCAUAAAGGAAAGGACUGAGGGCUUUGGAUUCCAAAUGUCAAUUGUUUGCCAGUUUCUCUCCUUUUUCUCUGAAAACUUGGUGGGCAACCAGUUCUUAUUGAAGUGUAGUUGAUUUGUCUCUUUUUGAAUGAUGAUAUUUUGCUUUAAAUGGAGGCGACAGUAAAAGCUUCUCCGUGUAAAAAGUAGUUUAAAGUAGUAGACAACAGAGUACCUUAUUUAUUUUUUCACAUAGCUUUAUUUAUUAAUACUAAACUAUAGUUUUUUUCCUUUGAAAAUGCCCUUUGGUAGCCAAAGCUGUUGUACAUUUUAGACCAUUUUCCUUUUCUAUCUGCUUUAUUCUAUCCAACCUUAUUUAUUUGUGUUGCUCGGUAAACCAUGUAAAUAUGUUGCCUUGAUGAACUGUAUGUUUACACUCAUUUUGACCAAUAAAUGUGUGAACCAAAGGA